GAAGAAGAAGAAGUAGAAGAAGAAGAAGAAGAAGAAGUAGAAGAAGAAGAAGAAGAAGAAGUAGAAGAAGAAGAAGAAGAAGAUUAUUUCGGAGGGAGAUUCAACUUUUUCCGACGAGUAACUUUUAGAAGUAGCUGUCCGACUAACAAACAAUUCAUAUUUCUUAGGAAUACAUACCUCAAACAUGGAGUUCAACAGUGACAUUCAGUCGGUUUUGAAAGGGGGAUUCCACUGCAAGCUUUGUGAUACUAAUGUACCCAACAAAGCCAGUCUGGAUGAUCAUUUGAAAGGUCGAAAGCAUCAGAAGCUGAGUAGUGUGCGGGCAACCCGUAAGGCACAGGCAGAGAACAGCCUGUUUGUCACUGGGUUUGCACGUCAGACAUCCCAGUUGCAGUUGGUGGACUACUUCCAGCAGUUUGGACCUGUAGCUGAAGUCAUUAUGGACAAGAAAAAGGGUGUGUAUGCCAUUGUCGAGUUUUGUGAGACAGAGGGAAUGGAGUCCGCAUUCUCUCAACCUCAGCAUAUCCUAGAGGGACAGAAACUUCGUGUUAAGCCCAGAGAGAAGAAGGAGUUCAAAUACAUCCCCAAAAAGAAGCAAUAUCCCAGGAACUUGCAUCUGAGUGUUGAGCAUCUGUCCCAGGAACUGUGCCAAGCAGCGUCUGUGAAUGAGCAGAUGCAAAGGGUGGUGGAGAGCUUCCAGCUGUCUGAGAAUGAGAAGAAAGUCCGGCAUUUGUUGGUAGAGCUGCUGCAUGGAGUCUUCACUGAGUUUUUCCCAGAGUGUUGCCUCCAGCCCUUUGGCUCCUCUGCCAACACCUUUGAUAUUCACUCCUGUGACCUGGACCUCUCCCUGAACCUGGAGAACACCACAAUCUUCCAGGCCCGUGCCAAAGGCUCUUCUAAUAAGGCUGAAGAGUGCCAGUCAGAGGACGUACAGUCAGAGGACUCCAUCCUAUCUGACAUUGACCUAUCCACUGCCUCUGCAGCUGAGGUACUGGAUCUAGUAGCACUUGUCCUGAGAAAGUGUGUGCCAGGAGUGCACAAAGUUCAGGUGCUAAGCACUGCCCGUCUCCCUGUGGUAAAGUUCGCUCACCGGGAAUUGGGCCUGCAGGGAGAUAUCACCAUAAAUAACAGGCUGGCCGUCAGAAACACGUGCUUUCUGCAGCUGUGCUCCAGGGUGGAUGCAAGGCUUCGCCCCCUAGUGUAUUGCAUCCGCUACUGGGCCAAGCAGAAGAAUUUGGCUGGCAACCCAUUUGGUGGUGGACCAUUACUGAACAACUAUGCUCUGACUCUGCUGGUCAUCUUCUUUCUUCAGAAUCGGGACCCUCCUGUUCUUCCUUCUGUAAAUCAGCUGAAAGAAAUGGCCUGUGAAGAGGAGGUCUGUGUGAUUGAAGGCUGGGAUUGCACCUUCCCCAGCCAACCCAUUGGUGUGCCCCCUAGCAAGAACACAGAGGAUCUCUGUGCCCUGCUGGCUGGCUUCUUCACAUUCUAUGGCCAAUUUGACUUUGCUGGAUCUGUCAUCUCCCUUCGGGAGGGCCAAGCUCUGUCCAUCACUGGCUUUCUCAGUAAAACAGAAGAGGAAGAAGAGGUGACAGGACAGCUAGAAAAACCAGGGAUCUGUGGGCUUAAAACCGUCAGACUUGGCCCUGUCAAUGUGCUGGAUCCCUUUGAGCUGUGCCACAAUGUUGCUGGCAAUCUGAACGAGCGUACGCAAAAGGGUUUCUGUCGAGAGUGUGAGGAGGCAGCUAAAUACUGCCGUAGCCUGCAGUACCAGUGCAAAUCCACAAAGGGGAAGGAAUGGGGGCUGGUGCGGCUGUUUGCACCUCUUGGUGGGGGAAUACAGGGGUUGAGCAGGGGAACAGAGCGGGAGCUGGCUAUUAGCAUUCCCUUCAAGGCAGCUAUGCUCUCUGACUUGAUCCGCAACCAGCUUCGCUUGGCUGGAGGCCACUUUCGUCAGCUGUGGUUUGAGAAAGUGUGCCAAGCUGUGGUGUGUGUGUUCCAGAAUGUGCUCAAGUGCAGGGUGGCUCCCUCUGAUAAGCCUUCAAAGGUCAGGGUGAGCCAGGAGGAAACGGAGCAUGAUGCUGUGACAGACACAGCUGCAUCAGCUCAUGCAGAUUCUGCAAAUGAAGAUGUGAAGGAUGUCUCCAUAACUGACUGCACUCUACCAGUAGGUGAAAAUGGAAAGAAUAUUCAGGAGGCAAAAAAUAACUGUGCUUCAGAUGCAUGUCCCUCCUCUUUAAGUAAGGGUUGCAGUCCUGAGAACACAGACCAUGUGGGGUUAAAGAGGCCCUUGUCAUGUGGAGAUGACACUCUGGUAUCACCUCCUAGCAAAAGACAGAUGCUGGAUUCCACCGCCAAGCAUCCUUUAGCCCAUUGGCACUGCCAGCUGUUUCACAGAGUUUGGGUAGGGCGCAGAAAAGUGAGACACAAUGUGCUCAAGAGGCUGCGGGAGGCCUCCAGGCCUGAGGAGGGCACCAUAGAGCUGGAAACUCAAGUAACUGAGUGUAUUGCUCAAGAGAAUAAGGAAGCACAAAAGCUACUAGAGUUUACACUGGAAGCAGAGGUGCUGGGUUGCACAGAAGACACCCAGACUAUUUUGAAGUUCACUCCUGGUGAGGACUAUGGAGGCCUCUUUCAGGACUUUUUCCACUUUCUGGAAUCCUUUCUGCCAAAGAUGACCGAGAAACUCCUGGAGUAGAAGUAGAGAGAAAAGAUGUCAACAUAGUAUCACUAGGUUAAUGCAUGUUUUAUUAGUUUAACUUGGAGCCAUGGAAGAGACUAAAAGAAUGUGUACACUGUACAGUAGCUCAUAAAUACCAAAUGCCAUUCAGCCAAAGAUUUUGAAACUGCCCUGACUUUUUAGGAAGCAGUGAGAAUUUGGUUUUGAAAAAAAGUUUUUUUUUUUAGUUUUCAUUUUCAUAACUGUAUCCUAAUAAUAUAUUAUACUGAUUGAUAUAAUAUAUUGAUAGAUUGUGUUAUUUCCCAGCCCAGUUUUUCCCCAGGUUGAGGCCAUAUACAUGUGUACUCACUUGCUGGCUGUCUGAAUUCGCUCUUCUGAAGUUACUAUUCAGAACUCACAUACUCCUAAAAGCAGGAGUAUGCGAGUUCACCGAUCAACCAGCAGGGAUCCCUAGAUAGCGCUGAACGUGAACCCCAAACUGAAUGAAUUUUCCCAUUCCAUGGGUGACACAAUCACCAAUUGCCUAUGGAGUACUGGCCACAGUCGACAUUUGGAAUGGUCCAAGUUCAUUCCAAGGCAGUGAUGCUCAUCUGUGCACUGCAGCAUGGUACCUUUAGCAAAGGAGCUAUCCAGCAGACCCAAAAUGUCUUUGCUUUAAUGAGAAGUAUGCCAUUUUGCUCAGAGUGCACAAAAUGUACUCAGUGUACUUAAUAAUAGAAAAUGUUGUUUUAAGAUGGCUGUAAUAUAACCUACUUGGCAGAAGCUAUUAUGAAUGUUUCUAAAGGUCAGUAACAGUUUUCUAUGGCCUGGUACAUGUGCAUUCACCAGUAAGUGUGACAAUGAGUGAAUGAAUUGAAAAUGAAUGAAUUUAAGAAAUUCAUUAAAAUUGAAUAAAUGCCUCACAAAAUAAAACAAAACCUCACUCUCCAUCAUCCUCUAUGUACAGCACUGUCUAAUACACUCUCAUGAUGCCAAUGUUAAAUUAAACACCUUAUCUUAAGCGACAUGCAUUUCUUUUGAAUUAUACAAAACUCAAAGGAACAGCAGUAGGCUAGUUCAGCUGUUCUCAAAUUCAGUCCUGGGGACCCCUGUGUAUGCUGGUUUUUGUAUGAACCACAAUUGCAGUCCUAAUCUUAAUCCUAAUCCCAAUCUUAAAGUGUGCUUCGGUCCCUGAUGUGAUUAUGCGGUGUUGGGUUUUGCAGUGUUUCUCAUUAAUUAACUAAACUGUGUUCGCCCGCCACUAUUUAAUUUGUACUGCCACAGUUUCAGAAUGAAGAAAAAAAAUUUUUUUUUCUCAUAAUAAACAUAAAAGAUUUCUCUGUUCUUUUUACACCGUCAAUUCAGCAAUUCACCCUUGCUAUACGUGCACACAAGAUAAGAGCGGGCCUUCGGGACUGGCGGUAGUCUCUGGAACAUUCAAAUCCUGAAUCUCAAAGCCAUUGGUCCAUAACACAUUCUGAGACGACAUUGAGUUAAUUUUCUAUUUGUUACCUAAACUGACGUGAAUGUGGUUUAAAACAUUAUUUCCAGCAACAAGUUAGCAAAGCUAUUGGUAAUUCUGAAGCUUAAAAAUAUGUUUAUUACAUGACACUGAUGAGUGAUACUGUGGAUAUUUGCACUCCUGUAUGAAUUAUUAGUGCCUGGCCAAGUUUGAUACAGUAGCCUAUUCUCUGAGGUUACUCUCACUUCAUUUUCAGCGAUAUUAAGGCAAAGCUAUAUCCUGACUGACAUGUAAUGUUAUGUCUAUUAUAUAAAUGUAUUCAAAGCUGUUGAUUGUUACUCAGUUUCAAGUACUGUUUUAAGCUGAAUGUUAAUACCAGAUGUUCAUGUAGUUGGAAUAUCCUUUCUAGAGAAUCUCUGUUUGAAACCCGUUGAUCAAAUAUUUUAGCUGUUUGAAAAUGUUUGGUGUAAUGUUUUUUUUCUUGAUAUCUUACCUUUCAUUCAACUCAAAAUCUGACAUAGCAUGCAGUGCCAUAUUUUUACUGCAACAUUAGAGUGCGAUUCCAAAUACAUUUCAAUAAACCAAUAUAACACGGGACCGCUUUUACUUAAUUUCUUUGGUGGGUCAAAUGUAGGCUUGAGUGUCUUAAGCUGAGUGUUACCAAAUUAGGCUUGAAAAGAUCUGUGGAGAAUGAAAUUAAAUAAUUAUCAAACAAAUGUAGAACUCUCAUAAUAUGGCUGCCAAAUCAACAGUUGUGGAAAUUUUUUACUAAAACCGUAACUCAUGAAUGCAUUGACUGAUCAUAAAGAAACUUGGUACAUGUGCAAUUACUGCUUUUGAGGCUGUUUGUUUGGCAUUUUGCCAAUAGGCAGUGCUGUAAGGAAAAUAAAUAAAAAUGCCAUUUGCUGGACCAAUCAAGUUGAAUCUU